GAGAGAGAGAGAGAGAGCAAGAAAACGAGAAAGAGUGAGAGCAGGGCAAAACAUUCGCAUCGUCGUCGCAUUGCCGUCGUGACGCGGCUUGUAACAUGAGCGAUCUUUGAGGCGCUCGUCACGCCCAGAUAGUUCUCUAUGGGCCGCAAAAGACUGGAUGGUUUGGAGGUGCCGCUGCUGCUAUUGUGCGUCAUCUUCGGCGGCGCGAGCAGUCACGGGGAGGUCGGUUGCUUGUUUAGUACGAACCUGUGUAAAUCAGAAGUGGAAAGCUGUUACAAUGAUCUAGCAUUUGGACGAUGUAUAGAACUUGGUGAUGAUGCACUAGAGAAAGAUUUAUAUCAGUACGAUUUAGAGCCAGAAGAGCUGGAAUUAUUACGUAUGCAACUUGAACGACUGGAGCAUGAGGGCUACAAGUGGUCGCACGAUUAUACGCAAUGCAUCAUGCAAAUAUUACUUGACGAUCUUCGUUACAGAUUGAACAACGAUGUUGAACAUCUCUGCAAAAAUUUGAAAUUUCGAGAUGAAGAUAUUUAUGACGAAGAGAACGAGAUAAUUGAUAACAAUGAUAUCGAAAGUGUCAGGGCUGUCGAGCCAAUAGCCAUAGUGAAAUUUACACCGAGUAAAAUAAAUCCGCACGGGGAAUUCGCCGAUGAAUUUUAUUACCCACCAGAUAUGAAGCAGAAGAUUGCUGAAGAGAGACGAAAAGCAGAUCGCUUUGAUGAUUACGACGAGAGCUUUUACGAUAAAUUAGGUGCUUUGGGUAAUCCUACAGAAGUUUACCGUAGAGGCUCACGAUCUUUAAAUUUAAAGUCAAUGGAUGAUUCUCCACCUUUGGCAUACGGAAAAGAAAAUUACGCAAUUCCACGAGAAUAUGCAGAAGCUCUUCGAGAUUUCUUAAGCAGCGAAGCAAAUUUAUACGAAGAUUCGGAUAAUGAUCAAUUGGAGUUUCUACCCAAUAAUGAAAAACCUGUUAAGAUGAAAGACGAGUUUCAUGACUACGAGAAGACCUUCUCUAGGAAAUAUAAAAGCCCAAGUGAGCCGAAGGGUAUUGAUUUUCUGGAUCAUCGGGAUGAAAAGAUUCAUAACAACGACGACAACGACGACUACAUCGACGACGAAAUAGUAGAUGAUAGAGAUUUUAUCAAUAAUAAUCCCAUCGAUAGAACGAUAAUUGAUUCGUUGGCUGACCAAAGUGAAAUGUUCAGCGAAGGUGGUACUACGCUUCCUUUUAGGCGGGGUAUCAUUAGACCAGAAGAAUAUGAUGACGUAACUCUCAACAACGACUUCGACGACAUGCUAUGGAGGCGAGAAUUAGCGGGUUUCAAGCGACGAGAGCGUUUAGAUGUAAAGAAACCUGGUCCACCAUUUUCAACUAAUAAUUAUGCAUUUAAGACACAGUCUCCAAAUAGUAUGCGUAAAAUGAAAAUAUUACAAUUUUCUACUAGUAACGAAGUCGUGCAUUCACCACAAGUAAAAAAGGAGAUUUAUAAUCUGAAAGUGAGCAGCUCGCCAAAAACUUAUGAAAAUGUAGAUCUCGAUCAUGUUUAUAUUCAAUUUAAUCAAGAAUUUCAUUCAUGGUCAGAAGGAGAAAUUGUUGUCAAUACUGUGGGUUCGUUACUUGGACUCCAGUCAGGUGAACUAAAAGAGAUACGCGUGGGUCGAGCAGAAGUAACUUUUAAAGUACCAAAAAAUAGCAAAAACUACAAUUCUACCGAUAUUGUUAAUAAAAUUAAUGGCAUACGUAACGAUUUGCAAGAUCAACUCAAUAUCCAAGUGAUACGCGCUGGUAUUGGUGACAAGGUGAAGCUGCCAGCGAUCCUCGAGGUCUCCAGCAUCUCGGAAAUGAGCUCCAACAUGUUUGGGGCGUUGGUAGCCGCAGGUGUGGCGGCGGUGAGCGCCGCUGCGAUCGUAAUCCUCGUAAUAGCGCGCCGACACGCGAAAUCCCGGGCAAAGCUAGCGGCUCUCCGCACCCCGGACCCCGAGGCCUCCAAGGACUACCAGGAGCUCUGCAGGGCGCGCAUGCAUGCCAAGCAGUCGGACAAGCUAUCGGAAUCGCCCAAAGGCUUUGAUUUCGGUCGGCUCAUCGAGUCCGGCAAAAGCGAGUCCAAGAGGUCGAGUACGUCCUCAUGGGGCGAGGAGCCCCAGCCGAGCAGCAUGGACAUAUCAACUGGACACAUUGUUCUCUCAUACAUGGAGGAUCAUUUGAAGAAUCAAGAGAAGCUUGAUGAAGAAUGGGCAGCACUUUGUGCUUAUGAAGCCGAGCCGUGUUCAACAACCAUUGCAGAAGCAGAAGUUAAUAGAGAGUGUAAUCGAUCCGACGCUCUACUUCCUUACGACCAUGCCAGAGUCAUUCUCAAUGACUUGGCUAACAUCAAUAAUUCAGAUUACAUUAAUGCCUCGACAAUUACUGACCACGACCCGCGCAAUCCGGCUUACAUAGCGACUCAGGGACCACUGCCUCGGACGACUGCGGACUUCUGGCAGCUCGCGUGGGAGCAGGGCAGCGUCGUCAUUAUAAUGCUAAAUCGCCUGACCGAGGUGGGUCAAGCCACGUGUCAUCGCUACUGGCCCGACGAGGGCUCCGAACUCUACCACAUCUUCGAGGUCCACCUCGUCUCGGAGCACAUCUGGUGCGAUGACUACCUCGUGCGCUCGUUCUACUUGAAGAAUCUGCGUACCACUGAGACGCGUACGGUCACGCAGUUCCACUUCCUCUCUUGGCCACAGGACGGCGUACCCCAGUCUACCAAGGCCCUGCUCGAGUUCCGUAGGAAAGUCAACAAAUCCUACAGGGGCAGGUCCUGCCCAAUUAUCGUUCACUGCAGCGAUGGGGCUGGUCGAACGGGCACCUACUGCUUGAUCGACAUGGUGCUCAACCGCAUGACCAAAGGUGCCAAGGAAAUAGACAUCGCCGCUACUCUGGAACACAUACGUGAUCAACGGGCCGGUAUGGUGGCUACGAAGCAGCAGUACGAGUUCGUUCUGAUGGCGGUUGCCGAUGAGGUCCACGGUAUUCUCAAGUCAUUACCGAUUGUCGAUGAGAAAUCGGGCGAGAAGUCGAGCGCUGCAAGCCAAUCCUCCACCUCGCCAGCUAAAUAA